CGGCUCUCCUCAAACUCUCCAUCUGCUGUUCCUGAAUCAGAUCAACAUGGCACCAGUCGGAUCCAAACGGGGAGUUCUGGAGCGCCUGAACGCGGGUGAGGUGGUGAUUGGAGACGGAGGGUUCGUGUUCGCUCUGGAGAAGCGCGGGUAUGUGAAGGCCGGACCCUGGACACCAGAGGCCGCUGCGGAGCACCCGGAGGCCGUGCGGCAGCUGCACCGGGAGUUCUUGCGCGCUGGCUCAAAUGUCAUGCAGACGUUCACUUUCUACGCCAGUGACGACAAGCUGGAGAACAGAGGCAACAAACUGAGCUUCACUGGCCAGCAGAUCAAUGAGGCGGCCUGUGACCUGGCCAGAGAAGUGGCCAAUGAGGGCGAUGCGCUGGUGGCGGGCGGAGUCUCGCAGACGCCUUCAUACCUGAGCUGCAAGAGUGAAGAGGAGGUGAAGAAGACCUUCAAGAAACAGCUGGAUGUCUUCAUCAAGAAGAAUGUAGACCUGCUGAUCGCUGAGUACUUUGAGCAUGUGGAGGAGGCUGAAUGGGCCGUCCAGGUUCUGAAGGCCACAGGAAAGCCUGUAGCAGCGACUCUGUGUAUUGGACCUGACGGAGACAUGCAUGGAGUUACACCUGGAGAGUGUGCCGUCAGACUGGUGAAAGCAGGAGCUGAUAUUGUGGGUGUGAACUGUCACUUUGACCCCCUGACCUGUGUGAAGACUGUGGUGAUGAUGAAGGCUGCAGUGGAGAAAGCGGGUCUGAAAGCGCAUUAUAUGACGCAGCCGCUGGCGUACCACACACCCGACUGCAGCUGCCAGGGCUUCAUUGACCUGCCCGAGUUCCCAUUCGCUCUGGAGCCGCGGAUCCUGACGCGCUGGGAGAUGCAGCAGUACGCCAGAGAGGCCUAUAAAGCUGGAAUCCGCUACAUCGGUGGCUGCUGCGGGUUCGAGCCGUACCACAUCCGCGCUGUAGCUGAAGAGCUGUCGGCCGAGAGAGGAUUCCUGCCCGAAGCCUCACAAAAACACGGCCUGUGGGGCAGCGGCCUGGAGAUGCACACCAAACCCUGGGUCAGGGCCAGGGCUCGCCGUGACUACUGGGAGAAGCUGAAGCCGGCGUCUGGUCGUCCACUCUGCCCCUCCAUGUCCACUCCAGACGGUUGGGGGGUCACCAGGGGUCACGCGGCCCUCAUGCAGCAGAAGGAGGCCACCACGGCGGAGCAGCUGCGGCCACUGUUCCAGCAGGCGGACGCUAAACACUGAGACACACUGAGGAGACCAGAGAAUUUACAUGAUCAACACCUCUGUUUACUGCAGCCGCACACACACACAGACAGAGAGAGCUCUGGAGAAACACACACACACACACCUGCGCCGCUGUUCUCCAUGUGCCUGCCCUGAUGUGGUGUUGAAGCGGCACAGCUGCAUUCCAGAUGUUCACAGCACUCCAGUGUUUACAUUCUGAUGAUCAAUAAACCAUCAUCAUCAA